CAUUUCCUGUCUUAAGUUUUCAGGACUGCCUUUUGAUACUACCAUAAAAUCAGUUUCUCAACGGACCACUCUCCAGGUCUCUAUAACUAAGCCUACAACUGCAUCCUUAGAAAGUGUGUCCAAAAAUUCACUCCAAAAUACAGAAAUGACCACUACUAUAGGUACAGAGUCAUCAAGCCAAAUGUUGACAGGAUAUACAUCAAAACAAACAGAACAAAAACAUGACAUCACGACAAGUGAGGUCCUGGCCUCGGCCACAAGUCAACAUACAAUGAAGACUACGACGCCAUCAAGUUUCGGGUCCUAUGUUAUCUAUGACAAAUCCUCGAAUAUAAAAAUUAACGCCGUGAUAGUGGACAAGGAUGUUUGUUACGUCUAUCAUCUCACUGACACGGAGGUAAAACUGGUUAACAUGGGAUCUAGUAUCAGAGAGGCAUUCGAGAGAGCACUACUAUCCAAGGACAGAACUACUGUAUUACAGAACCCUCUAUAUAUAACUGGGGCCGCAAACCAGGUCCAACAAACAUGCAAGGGAACUGUCUUUCUAUUGGUGUAACGAAACACUAAUUAAAAAAUAAAUAACUAAAAGAAAAACUC